CCAGAUCCCGCACGCACUCCACUCUCUUUCAGAACCCAACACGCCACUGUCUACGAGCAGCUAGCCAAGAAGAGUUGGAGUAGCCGCGUGCGCUUCCCGAGCCCCGACCCAAAAACUACGCGCAGCCCAGCCGACCAGAGAGAGACAGACAGAGAGAGAGGAGCAGACCUGCCCGUCGCAAUGGCGAUGCCGCCGAAGCCCGGCGACCCGCCGCAGCGCUCGCCGGGGCGGAGCCCCAACCUCAACCUGCCCUGCCCGCUGCCGCCGGUCCCGGGCGGGGCGCCUGCGCCGCCGCCGCAGCACCAGCCGGGCGCCGGGCUGCCCCCGCCGCGCGUGGGCCACCACCGCCGUGCCAGAUCUGAGGUGGCCUUCCGCUUCCCGGACGACCUGGCCGGCGCCGGGGCCGGCGGCUUCGAUGAGAUCGGCUCCGAGGACGACCUCUUCUCCACCUUCAUGGACAUGGACAAGAUCGCCGGUGCCGACCGCGACCGCGCCGCCGAGACCUCCUCGCCGCCGCGCCCAGCCAAGCACCGCCACAGCGCCUCCUUCGACGGCUUCGGGAUGGGGGCCGGCGCCGGCGGCCCGGGCGGGCAGCAGGACGGCGGCGGAGGCGUGUUCGGAGAGGUCAUGGAGGCCAAGAAGGCCAUGUCAUCCGAGCAGCUCGCUGAGCUCGCUGCUAUCGACCCCAAGCGCGCCAAAAGAAUUAUUGCAAAUAGACAAUCUGCAGCACGGUCAAAGGAAAGAAAAGCUCGAUAUAUAACAGAAUUGGAGCGGAAGGUUCAAACUCUUCAGACAGAGGCUACUACUCUUUCAGCGCAGCUAACACUGUUCCAGAGAGACACAACUGGACUUUCGGCGGAAAAUGCUGAGCUCAAGAUAAGGUUGCAGGCCAUGGAGCAGCAGGCUCAACUGCGUGAUGCUCUAAAUGAUGCACUGAAGCAGGAAGUGGAGAGGCUUAAGAUAGCAACAGGUGAGAUGUCGAAGUCCAAUGAACAAUUUAAUAUGGGAAUGCAGCACAUCUCGUACAGCCCUUCAUUCUUCCAGCUCUCAGAGCAACACACAGUUCAGCAGCAUGGAAAUAUUCAGCUGCCACAUCAUUUCCAACAGCCGCCACCGAAUGUCCCGAGUCACCAGAUGCUAUCCCACCCCAAUUCCCUCUCGGAUAUGAUGCAGCAAGACUCGCUUGGGCGGCUCCAGGGGCUGGACAUCGGAAAAGGUUCGAUGGCUGUGAAGUCAGAGGCAGAGGUCGUGGUGAAGUCGGAGGGUAGCUCUAUAUCUGCAGGUGAAAGCAAUACCACCUUCUAGUUAUACAAUACAUCUGCCUUCCAAGAAGCAUUCGUUUGGCUUAGAGUUCUUUUGUUCAUAGUCUGACAUCCUUGAACUGCUUCCUCCUUCCCUGUAGGCAUAUUUUUUAUUCCAUUCGUUAUAUCUAGUUAACAUUCAUCAGUUGUCAUUUGGUGUUGUCGUGGUGGCUGAUUCUAUAGGGACAUUGAUGUGCUGGUUUUGAGUUUGUUGUGUGUGGUAUGGUUGGUUGUUUCGAGCUAGGGGCACCUAGUUUUUUUUUCUUUUUUUUUUUGCAGAAUUCCUUUUCUCCACCUGUUUUAGUUUUGUUAUAAACUCAUUAACAAUCAUGAUAUCUCCUUCUGGAAAUGUGUACAUUGUAUUGCUGUGCUAAUUUCUAGUGAUAUUUUUUAUGA